CUUCGCGCCCUCGCCUGCCAUAGCAUCGUAUCGCGCUGCAUGACUCAAUUCCAGUGGCUUAGCCAUCUUGGGGAGCAGUCAUCCUGCAGACGAUGCGAGUUCCUUCAGCUCUUCAAGUUUCCUACAAGGCCUCAAGACUAUCCUGAAUCUCUCGCACCUCUACUGACCUGGAUACACUCGCUUCCCCGCUCUUACUUCUUGGUCAAAGUCCUCCUAUCGCUCCUACGCCUUGCGAACGCCUCCCCUGGGACAACCGUCUGCAUCGGCCUCGCCCGGCACUUUGCAACUAGCGUCCCCUCGCUGUCCAGUUGCGGCCAUCCGGACACCGCACAAAGGUUUUGAACGACUCGGGCUAUCGUCCUGCGGUUUGGAUGAUUUACUUGAUCCAGACCAACGGCGUUGACCGACCUUCUACACCACCUUUGCACGACCCGUUCGGCCCAUUUCGCUCGUCCACGACAGGUUUUUGAACGACUCGGGCUACCGUCUUGCUAUUUGGAUCAUUAACUUGAUCCAAACCAAUGACGUUGACCAACCUUCUACACCACCUUUAAAGUGCACGACCCGUUUGGCCCACUCCACUCGUCCACGACAGGUUCAUGAACGGAACGGUCCCGCGGUUCGGAUACAUUGAUCCAAAUUAGCCGCGUACGACCGACCUUCUAUGACACUUCUGCACGACCUACUCGCCACGCUUGCCUCGCAAACUCUUCCCUGGAGAACUGGCUCUCGGCGGCCCGGAGAAACUUAAAGAUGAACUUUCGACCAAAGAACAAGGAAUCGGACUAUACGGAACUCUAGUGUAUCUUAAUAAUUCUAUACUAACC